AUGUCAAAGCUCAUCCUUAUCCUCGCCGCACAAAUCCUCCUCCUCACCGCCUUCGGAGAAGGUGGAGACUUCGCAAGAACAAUGAACAGGAAACACUUCCACAAGGAAGAGAAACUCACUCAUCUCCGAGUCUAUUGGCAUGACAUCCUAAGCGGUCGAAACCCAAGUUCCAUCAUGAUCCAACCGUCGGUUUCAAACUCCUCAAACGCCUUCGGAUCAAUCACAAUGAUGGACAACGCGCUAACAUCUGAUGUGCCGAUCAACUCUACUGUGGUGGGCCAGGCGCAAGGUUUCUACGCAGGAGCGGCUCAACGUGAGCUUGGUUUCUUGAUGGCGAUGAAUUUCGCUUUCACGACAGGGAAGUACAAUGGGAGCACGAUCACGAUUCUUGGCCGGAACACGGUGUUCUCGACGGUUAGAGAAAUGCCUGUCGUCGGAGGAAGUGGAAUCUUCGGGUUCGCUAGAGGUUAUGUCGAGGCUAGAACUAAGUGGUUCGAUCAAAAGUCGGGAGACGCCACUGUUGAAUAUAACUGUUAUGUCUUGCAUUACUAA